AUGAUUGUGAUAAAUUUGGAUUUGGUUGCUUUUGUUGCUUUUGUUGCUUUUGUUGAUGAUUUUGUGAUUGAGACCGUGAUUGAGGUUGUAUGUGUGGUUGAGAUAAAUAUGGUGGUGAAGACGGAGGUGGAGGUGGAGGUGGUUGUGGUUGUGGUUGUGCAGGUUGUAAGUGCUGAUGUUGAUGCUGUUGCUGAUGUUGAUGCUGUUGCUGUUGCUGAUGCUGUUGCUGUUGCUGAUGCUGAUGCUGAUGCUGAUGCUGAUGCUGAUGCUGUUGCUGUUGCUGUUGCUGUUGCUGAUGCUGUUGAUGUUGCUGUUGCUGUUGCUGUUGUUGAUGUUGAUAUUGGUGUUGUUGAUGUUUUUGAUUUUGAUUUUGAAUUUGAAUUUGAUUUUGGUUUUGGUUUUGGUUUUGACUUUGACUUUGACCUUGACUUUGACCUUGACUUUGACCUUGACUUUGACUUUGGCUGUGAUUUAAAUUUUGAGGUUGAUUUUGAUGUUGAGAAGAUUCAAGUCUAUGAGAAAAUGCCGAUGGAUGUUGAAAUUGAUGUUGAAAUUGAUGCUGAAAUUGAAUUGGAGGUCUGCUCGUCGAGAUGGAAGAGACCGAAGAAGAAGAAGAUAUAG